UUUUUUAUUAACCAGGCAUGUAGCAAAACAACAAAAUUUACACUCCUCUUUUUUAAACAAAUCAUCCAAGCGUCAACGUAUAUUAUGAUCGAACAGAAGAUUUGUAUAUAAGGGGGACUGAUUGUGUUUUAUAAUUAGUGAAUGUUUGUCUCUUGUUGUUUUUUUUCUGAUUCUUGACGUAAACAUUAAAAGACAUUAAAAAAUGUUGACGAUGAAAUCAUUGUUCGGUAUUGUAUUGCUGGUAGUUCUUGUGGAGGGGUCAAGCAAAAAGGGCGUGGUACACUGGGCAGAUAGUUAUAUGUGUGAUGAUUUUGAAAUAUUGAAUAACAUGACAUGGUGGUUUGACUUUAGAAUGAGUCUAGAUUAUUUCCACGAGAAAAAUAUUUGCAAGUCAUCAAUCGAUAACUACAAACACAACUAUGUCCCCAUGGUUUGGGGAUACUGGAGUGACACGAAGAUCUUUAUUGACGAUGCGGCUGAAUUCGUCCUCGGUUUCAAUGAGCCAAAUCACGUAGAGCAAUCCAAUAUGUCGCCAGAAAAAGCGGCUGCAGCAUGGAAAGAGGUAGAAAAGCAUUCUAAAGGGAAACCACUAGUGAGCCCAUCAGCGGCAGUGUGUGGAAAGAACUGUAGAAGUACUGAAAUCGAAUGGUUUGACAAGUUCUUCGAACUCUGCAAAGACUGCCGAGUUGAUUACCUCGCAACACACACGUAUUGGUGUAAUGCAAACAAAACAAUGACGUAUUUGGAGAGUUUGUUCAAGAGAUACGGGCGAAAAAUUUGGCUGACAGAGUUUGCUUGCGGCGAAUCGCCGUAUGAGUUGGAACAACUGAAUUAUAUGAAAGACAUGUUACCGCGACUUGAAGCUGCUGACUACAUAUAUAGAUAUGCUUGGUACAGGGCUAGGCUGACAAAGUCCGGAUUCAUCACCACAGCCGCAAGCCUUCUGAAGAAAGAUCGAUCUGAACUUACUGAACUUGGUCGCCUCUACAAUAACUAUCAAGGGGAGACAAGUACGUAUCAUAAUAAAGUAAACAUCUAUUUCGGGAAUAGUGUCUAUCAAAGGCAAGAAUAUAUUGCUUAA